CCAACGUCUCUGGAUCUCGGAGGAAGCUGAUCGUGGCUGGAGUGAGCCUUGUGGCCACCUUCAUCGUCGGUCUGCUCAUUGGUAUGUUCGCCAUCUCCUCUCAGGGAAAUGGCGCGAAUUUGAGCGGAAUGCCUCAGGCGAUUAUUCAAGAAGCAGACGAGACCGUUCACCAGAAGCUGGCGUCCAGGAUCAAGGCGGAAAAUAUCCGGGAAAACCUCAGGCAACUGACCUCCAAACCCCACCUAGCGGGGACGCCGGCCGACUACAGACAGGCCAAGGAAUUAGCUGACCUGUGGACACAACAAGGCUUUGAUGACGUCACCAUCACGCCUUAUGACGUACUGCUGUCCUACCCAGAUCCCGCGAGACCUAACGUGGUCCGCCUACGAGGCCAGAACGAUGAGUUGCUGUACGAGUCACCCGAGAAGGAAGCCAUCUUGACGCCGAGGGAGGACGUUCCCGACGUCGUGCCACCGUUUAAUGCUUACUCGGCACCAGGAAUCGUUAAGGGACAACUAGUGUACGUCAACUAUGGCCGUGACGAAGACUUUAAAUACGUCACCGACACUGCUUUAGUCAACGUCACGGGGAAGAUCGCCAUCGCUAGGUACGGCAAAAUCUUCAGAGGCGAUAAGGCUAAAGCAGCUGAAAAGUACGGCGCCAUUGGUCUCAUCAUAUACUCCGACCCUGAAGACUGUGCUAAGGGGAGUAACUCUAGUGACGUGUAUCCCAACAGUUGGUGGCUGCCUCCUACGGGGGCUCAGAGGGGUUCCCUCUACGUAACUGAUGGAGAUCCAGAAACUCCCGGGUACCCAUCAAUAAACACAGCCUACCGAGUUCCACAGUCGGACAUAACUCAUCUGCCCAGGAUCCCAGUCCAUCCCAUCAGCUACGGAGAAGCAGAACAACUCAUGAAAUUUAUGGAUGGAAGCCUAGUACCGACUGAAUGGCAGGGUCGUAUGAACAUACAGUACAGAUUUGGUCCGGGCUUCAGGAACUCAACUUUAAAGGAGGCAGAGAUGGCGAUCUCUACCAGCAACCAGAGACGGACGAUCCACAACACGAUCGGUGUGAUCAAGGGGAGCAUUGAGCCUGAUCGUUAUGUCAUUCUUGGCAACCAUAGAGACGCGUGGGUGUUUGGAGCAAUGGACCCGUCCAGUGGUUCUGCGGUCAUGAUGGAAGCGGCCAGGGUCGUAGCGGAGACGGUCAGCAGUGGUGAAUGGCGUCCCCGCCGGUCCAUUGUGUUCUGCAGCUGGGGGGCAGAGGAGUACGGACUGCUGGGCUCCAACGAAUGGGUGGAGGAAUACGUGAAGACACUGGGGGCGAGGACAGUCGCCUACCUGAACGUCGAUACAGCCGUUAGUGGAAAUCACACAAUCUCCUUCGAUGCGACGCCAUUGCUGUACCGGGCUGUUUAUGAAGCAGCGAAAAGGGUAGAUGACCCGCGAACGGAGGGGUCAGUUUAUGAUCGUUGGCUGACCACAACUCCCUGGACACAGAGUGGAGUGGCAAGUGAUGUACCAAGGAUCAAUAAACUCGGGUCAGGUACUGACUACGCCCCGUUCAUUCAGAAGGCAGGGAUCCCUUCAUCUGGAAUGUCAUACACCUAUGAUAAGACCCUUCUCUCCUCCUACCCACUCUACCAUUCUGUGUACGAGACAUUCUACGCCAUGGAGAAGUUCUACGAUCCUGACUUUAAGAUUCAUGCCUGCGUGACGUCACUGUGGGUGGAGCUAGCUCGCAGCCUCUCCGACGCUCUUGUCCUUCCCUACAACGUCAGCGACUACGGUGUCAUGCUGGAACAGAGCAGGCUGGAACUCCACAACAACCACGGGGAGCUGCUAAGACAGAGAAUAGCUAACUACUCUGCUCUGGAAAAGAACAUUGAAGACUUUCAAACUGUUGCUGAUGACUUCAUGAAACAAACGACAACAAUCAACAAGAAUGACCCCCUGGCUAUACGCAAGGUCAAUGACCAGAUGAUGCAGCUGGAAAGAGCCUUUAUUGACCCCGCGGGACUUCCGGGAAGAUCCUACUUCCGACACGUGUUCUUGGCGCCAAGCAUGUUGAACAUCUAUGAGGGAUCAAGUUUUCCUGGACUUGCAGAUUUGAUUUUCGAGUUGGAAACAUCACAUGAUCAAGAUGACCAAUGGGAACGUAUAAAGCACCAUUUUUCUGUUCUCCUUUUCGUCAUCCAAUCAGCAGCUUCGACACUCAAAGAUGUGUCACACUUUGUAAAACAUUAAUGACUCAUUGACAAGCAUACAUGUAUUUGUAUUUCACUACAUCCUCAUCACAAUAAAUACACAAGACAUCGAGACGAGACAACAUAUAUCCUAUUGUAUGUUUGUAAAUGAAUUUGCAGAGUAAAUGUGUUAAAACGUCUCGGAAUAUACAACUGAAAGAUAGAUUUUUGUAGCUAAAGUCAGCCUAGAUUUCCAAAAUAAAAUCAUUAAAUUUC